AUGCCUUCGACAUCAAUGGCUGGUCAACCUGUUUUCGUUGUGUUUAUAAGUUUUCUGAUGUUCCACAAACGUGUUGCUCAGCAUUGUGGUACAAACAGUUACUCCGUUUACCAAAUGAUGCUCAAAGGACACACCUAUAUGAGAAUCAAGGCCAGGCCAGGCUCACUCGACUGUAAACAGGCCUGUGACUCUGAUGUCAGAUGCCAGAGCUAUAACUACGUCAUGUUCCAAGACAUAUGUGAGUUGAAUACCAGAACCAAAGAGGCCAGGCCAGACGAUUUUAUCAAGAGUAGUGACAGAUAUUACGUCACAAAAGCCCCAUACAGAGGUAGGGAAAUUCAAACCGAAAUACAUUUAUUUUUAAAACCACGCGUUCAUGUAACUAAUAUGGAAGACGCAGAGAACUGAAUCUCGCAUUCGCAUUGGCAGUCGUUGGAACAUCUUUGUCAAUGUUCGGAAUGGUCAAGAUAAUUCAGUUAUUUAUUGUAUCAAUCACCAGUGGUCGGUAAAUCUUCGAAAAUUCAAGUUAGAUGGUAUUCUAAAGAAAACCUCAAUCAAAGAACUCAAAACUUUGAAAAAUAUUGAAGCAGUGAAGGGAAAUGAAAACAGUAUAAGUGCUGAAGACGGUAUAAAUCGAUCAGAAGUAGCAAAAAAGCGCACAAAAUUGAACAUGAAUUUAAUUUAGCUGUGGUUUGUUUUAUCUCUAGAGCGCCUAGGUUCCAUUCCCGAGCUUUCUGCUGAAUCGUGCGCAGAGAUCAAAGCAAGUGAAGGAGAACAUGCGGUCAGUGGUGAAUACUGGUUGGAUCCAAGGGGAUCUGGGACCUCACAUAUUGUACAUUGUGACAUGAGCACGUCAACGCCAAGUAGGUCGUUCUGGUAA